GUGCAAAAAAAAAUGAGGAAGUUAUGUUUACAUUCACGCAUCAGAUUCUAGUAAAUUAACCAUAAACAAUGCUAACGUGGCUGUUUUAUGCGAUUUACUACAGCAGCAAUAUUCAUUGAGUGGAUGGAAAUUUUUGCAAACGCUUGCAUGGUGUGUGUAACAGCCUGUGUUUUACUUUUUGUGUGUGUUCGCUGAUUCGACAAUUUUUUGGAUAAUUUAAAAAUCUGUCAAAAAAGGCAAAUGUUGCCAUUUAUCAUGAACAUCUACAUUAUUCAGAUAUUGAUGGACGAGCCGAGUAAUAAUCUACAUCAAGACGAUCAUGUUAUUGAUAUGGAUAAAAGUAUCACAAAUACAGAUGUGGAACCUAAACACAGCUUCAAGGGGAUGUUCGAGAACCAAGCUUUCGAAAUCGUAUCAGAAAACUUGGAUGACGAUCACAAAACUACAUUUGGAAGUCAGAAAUUGAGGAUUAGCGAACCUCUUGCUGCCGAAGAGGGCGGUUUUUUGGAUAGAUUAGAGUACCGUGUAGAAGAAUGGUAUAGCAGCAAUAAAACACGAUUAAAAUAUAUUAUGUACACCUUGCUUUUUGUGUUGUACAAUGUCUACUUAGGUUUUGCCAUUGUUUACACGUGGGACAAGACACCCAAUUGGUGCCAAGGAGUUCGAUUUCUAGUUAUCAUCACUGCCGUUGUUUAUUUCCUCCUUAUUUAUUAUAAUAUUUUACAAAAAUACAUCUCUGUACGCCGUUAUCGUUGUACUCCCGUAGAACCCAUCAAGAAAUUGUUUAGAUGGAAGUACACGUUUGGGUGGAUCUGGACACUUAUCUUCUUAGCAAUCCUAAUAUUUCUAAUCAUUGACUCAUCAAAUAAUCGCUUCCGUUUGGUAUCAUUUGGAGGCUUAAUCGUUUAUAUUUUAUUAGGAUACAUUUUCUCUAAACAUAGAAAACUCAUAAUAUGGAAGCAAGUAUUAUUGGGUACGUUACUCCAAUUUUUAUUUGGUUUAAUGAUUCUAAGAUGGGAAGUUGGAAAGGAACUUUUCAAAUGCUUCGGAGAAAAAGUAGACAGUUUCCUAAAAUACACUGAUUACGGAUCAACUUUUGUAUUUGGUUAUUUAGUAGAUGGUAAAUUAGCAGGUGGUGCCCCACAACAGAUCGGAAUUUUCGCAUUCAAGGUUCUCUCCGUUAUAUUUUUCUUCAGUUUUUGCACUUCGAUUUUGUAUUAUUAUGGCAUUAUGCAAAGAGUAAUAAUGAAAGUGGGUUGGUUCCUUCAGAAGGCUAUGGGAACCACAGCUUGUGAAUCUAUGAAUGCUGCUGGAAAUAUAUUUUUGGGCAUGACUGAAGCUCCUCUUUUGAUCAGGCCUUUCUUGCCACUCAUGACCAAAUCUGAAAUCCAUGCUGUGAUGACCGGUGGCUUUGCCACAAUUGCUGGAGGUGUUUUGGCAGCUUACAUUAAUUUUGGCAUAAGUCCUAGUCACUUGUUAUCUGCAUCUGUCAUGUCGGCACCAGCGGCUCUUGCUUAUGCCAAAUUGUUUUACCCCGAAUCAGAAAUAAGUAAAACUCAAUGCGAUGAUAUUAAAAUGGAAAAAGGACAAGAACGAAAUGCUCUGGAAGCGGCGUGUAAUGGCGCAAGCUCUGCAAUUGCUUUAGUGGCUAACAUUGCUGCUAACUUGAUAGCAUUUUUAGCAUUUAUUCAUUUUGUAGAUAAUUUAAUUAUGUGGUUUGGCAGUUUGUUAGGUUACGACUUCAUAUCUUUCGAGUGGAUUUUAUCUAAGAUCUUUGUUCCCCUCUCAUUGCUUAUGGGUGUAGAAUGGAAAGACUGCCAAGACGUAGCCAGGUUAAUAGGCCUAAAAACUGUAGUUAACGAAUUCGUAGCGUACAAGACUUUAUCAGAAUUAAUUGCUCAAAAUAAAAUUUCUGCCCGAUCUCAAGCCAUAGCCACGUAUGCCCUAUGUGGAUUUUCAAACAUAGGUUCUAUAGGGAUACAAUUAGGAGGAUUGAGCGCAUUGGCUCCCGAUAGAAAAUCUGAUAUAGCUAGUGUAGCGGUUAGAGCCAUGAUAGCAGGAUCAGCAGCGUGUUUCAUGACGGCGUGCAUUGCUGGUGCACUUAUAGAAACACCAUCUUAAUACCGAAGUUUUCGGUUAAGUGUAUAAACUUCAUCUCAUCGACGUCGCCAUCUUCAUUCUCAUCAUCCUUACAAUGUACAGAUGUUAUUGAAUUGUAAUAAAUGAUUAU